AUUAUGCGCGAAGAGGAGGUGAAUGCGUGCGCUCAGUUGAGGAGUACAGCAAACCGUCUGGUGCACUGCAGUCUAUGAUUCACCUUUCGCCUGGAAAUAAAAACUGUUUUCAUUGUUUGAAAAAUAGCGUAGGCUACGCAUACAGCACAUUCUCCAUGAAAAUAAAUAUUGGUGAAGGGAAAACUUUUCGAAGUCCGCGCGUGGUCAAGGAAUUGUCAGUUGCUGUCAAGAGGACAACUCUGAGAUUCGUGACGUUCGUGCAUAACCUCAAACAGAGAUCUGCAGCUGGUCUCAAUAAGGAUGACAUUGUCCAACAAUCAGACCUGGAGGUAACGCAAGGACGUCAGUCUCCCCUUCUCUCUGCAUCUGAGAGUGGAGAUGGUCCACUGGGCCACACAGUGGUUGACAUGUGUCUGGCUCCAGACUGUCUUGACCUCCACAUUGGACACCUGCCCCUCCACAACCCCUAGCCCUGUCAACUUCUCUGUGGUCUACACCAUGCCCUUCUUCCAAACAAAGAGCCCCAUCCAAAACAUAGUGACCAACUCAAUGUACCAGGAAGUGUAUGUGGCAUCUCAGAAUGUGAUCGAGGCUGUGAACAUGAGUUUGGAGAAGGUGUGGGAGCUUCCUACAGGCCCAGUGGGCGGCCCUGAGUGUAAGAUUUGUGAUUUGUGUGACGUUGACAAGGAUCCCAACUUCCUAGAGAACACUGACAAUGAGGUAUUAUUGUUGGAUACAUUCUUUAUGUAUUUAUACUCUUGUGGGAGUUCUCAAUAUGGUGUAUGCCAUUUCCACCAACUUAAGACAGAUGGACAACCACCCAAUAAGAAUUCAUCUAAAUGUUUAUUCAGAAAAGAAUCUAACUCUGCUGCCUAUUGUCCCGACUGCCUUGCCAGCCCGCUGGGCACCAAAGUCACCAUGGUGGAGGAGGGACAGACUGUAUACUUUUUUGUGGCUUCCACUGUAAAUGAUAGCAUGACACAGAGAUAUGACAGGAAGUCCAUAUCAGUGCGCCGACCAUUGGCGUCAGAAGACGGUUUUUACAAUGACGUGCGGGGACUGACCGUUCUGCCUAGCCUGCGCAGGACCUACAACAUUGAGUAUGUCUACAGCUUCUUCACCCAGGAGUUUGUCUACUUCCUGUCCGUCCAGAGAGAGAGCCCUGACCAAGAGUUCUCCCCGUUUCAGACGCGGCUGGGCCGCCUGCCGAGGAAUGAGUGGGAGAUGAGGAGGUACCGGGAGGUGGUUCUGGAGUGCCGGUUUGAACCCAAACGGAGGAGAAGGAACACGGUAAGCGGGAGUGAGGCCUUUAAGGAUGUGGUGUACAACAUGGUGCAGGCCGCCCACUUUGGGAAGGCAGGCAGUGAGCUGGCGGAUGAACUUGGAGCAGAGGAAGAGGAUGACAUCCUGUAUGGAGUGUUCGCUGUCACAGAUGACAAUAGGGUCACAGAGCACGACUCAGCCCUCUGUGCCUUUCCAAUGGACAAUGUGAACAAGGCAAUCGAUGACGGGGUGGAUGACUGCUGUAAGUCUGGCCCAGAGCAGCUGUCCCGGGGACUUUGCCACUUCCAGGCCUGCGAGAGCUGUCCUCAUGAGAGCAUGGAGAACAACGCCACCUGCGGGGACCACCCCACCAUGGUGUCUAAGCCCUAUUACAGAGUGGACCUCUUCAACAGGCAGAUGAAUGACAUCCUGCUCACCUCCCUGCUUGUCACCACCAUAGAGAACAAGACCGUGGCACACAUUGGCACCUCCACUGGACGGCUCCUCCAGCUUGUUUUGAGAAGAUCAAGCCCUAUUAUCUUUGCCAAUUACACCUUGGUAGAGAACCAGAGGGUCUCCCCAAUUGCUGCUGUGUACUCGUCAGAAUCUCUACUGUUUGUGGUUGGAGACAAGGUGAUCCAGGUGCCUCAGAGGGGGCCAGGCUGCCAGCACUUCAUGACCUGUGCCAUGUGCCUGACAGCCCCUGAGUUUAUGGUCUGUGGCUGGUGCUCUGGAGAGUGUUCCUGGGAGGAGGAGUGCAGGGGCCACUGGAGGAACGAGUCUUGCCCCCCUGGUAUUACCGGGUUCUUCCCUAAGACAGCUCCCCCUGAUGGUCAAUCAGAGCUGACUCUGUGUGGCUGGGAGUUUCAGUCUCCCCUGAGGCCUGCCAUCAGCUCCAGAACCCACCUGGUGAGACUGGGACAGACAGCCUGCGCCGUGCUGCCACUGAAGAGCAACAACACACACCUGGUGUGUAAGAUCCACUCUGGGCCCAUUGAGCUGUCCAAAUCAGUUAACAUCACUGUGGAGGUGCAUGAGGAGAAGAUGGAGGGCCGCUACUCCAUCGACGGGAAAUCAGAAAUGCCAGGAUUUACCUUUGUGAUUCCCAACAUCACAGACAUCCAGCCCAACUACGGGCCUCGUGUUGGGGGAACUCUGAUUACUGUGACUGGGCCUCACCUGGGCGCUGGGAAGAACAGGAGGGUCACUCUGAAUGGAGAUCCCUGCCCAAUCACCAGUGUCACAGCGCCCAGAGGGAACAUGUCCUCCAUCAUCUGUCUGUCUCAGCCCAUCGCGGAGGUGAGGGACGUCCCCCUCACUGUGUUCAUAGACAAGUCCCCUGUCCUCACCACCAAAGUCUUCUACUACAAAGAAAACCCAGAGGUCACAGCUGUCCUCCCAGACUGCAGUUUCGACAGGGGGUCAAAGAUAAUCAUUGAAGGGAAGAACUUGGACUCUGUUUACAGGACCAUCAUCCGCUUUAAGCCCAACGAGGGCCACCUGAAGCCUGUCAUCAGAGUGUGCAAAGGCAAGUCUUUGCCUACACGGAUGGAGUGCAUAACUCCUGCUCUCCUCCGGGAAGAAACAGAGGAAGGGGAGCUCUCCUUUGAUAUGGAUGGAGCUGUUGGACUGUGGAAUGGAGAGUUCUCCUACCACCCCUAUGGCGAGCCCAUACCCUUUGAAACUGAGGGCCAUGUACUUAGGCUGUACCAUGGACAAGAUGAAGUGUCACUGCAUCACCAGAAACUGAACCUUGUGAGUUCCUGCAUGACAAUCACUAUGACAGUGGGAGGAGUGGAUUGUGACGCGAAAGUCCUGGACAAUGAAAUCACCUGCAGGAUCCCCAGAAACGUAACCAUCAGUGAAGGACUGCCUGUGAAGAUCUCCAUCAAUGGGCAGGUUCACAACGUUGGGGCUGUGGUCCUGGUCAGUAAUCACUACAUGGUGGGCAUCGUAUUGGGGAUACUGGGGGCCCUGGUGGCGGGGGCUGUGCUGGCCUUCGUAGUCAUGAAGCACCUGAGGAAGCAGAAGAAAGACUCUCAGGUGGAGACCCGUUUGGCCCAAAACCACAACCGCUCCAACAGCAGUAGUCUGGAACUGUCAUCUGUAGCUGACUACAGAAGAGUAGUCCUGCCUCAGAGGCCAAGUUCGGCUCUGGGAAGCCCAGUGGUGUUCCCCAGUCUGGCCUACCCUGCAGGCAGAAUGGACCCCACACUCACCCCCCUCCUACCCCCUGAGAAGAUCUCCAUCUCCAGCUUCAGACCAGAGCUCCUGGAAGAGGUGAAGGAUGUGCUGAUCCCAGCAGACAUGCUCAUUGUCCAGCAUUGCCAGAUCAUUGGCAAGGGUCACUUUGGCACAGUUUAUCAUGGCUACUUCACAGACCACAACAACAGAGAAAUCCAUUGUGCUGUCAAGUCAUUGAACAGAAUAACAGAUGUAGAGGAGGUAGAGCAGUUUCUGAAGGAGGGCAUCCUGAUGAAGGGGUUCCAUCACACCAACGUUCUCUCUCUGCUGGGCAUCCUGUUGCCUCAGGAAGGGCUCCCCCUGGUGGUACUACCUUAUAUGAAACACGGGGACCUCCGCCACUUCAUACGCUGUGAGAAAAGGAACCCCACAGUGAAGGACCUGAUUGGCUUUGGGCUUCAGGUUGCCAAGGGGAUGGAGUACUUAGCACAUAUGAAGUUUGUGCACAGAGACCUUGCAGCACGCAACUGCAUGCUGGAUGAGUCGUACACCGUGAAGGUGGCAGACUUCGGCAUGGCCAGGGAUGUGUUUGAUAAGGAGUACUACAGCAUUCAGGACCACAGGAAGGCUAAGUUACCAGUCAAGUGGAUGGCCAUCGAGAGCCUCCAGACACUGAAAUUCACUACCAAGUCAGACGUAUGGUCCUUUGGGGUGUUGAUGUGGGAGAUGUUAACGAGAGGAGCAAGCCCCUACCCAGAGGUGGACCCCUAUGACAUCACACAUUACCUACUGAAGGGCAGGAGACUCCCCCAACCACAGUUCUGUCCUGACCCUUUGUAUGCCAUCAUGCUGCAGUGUUGGGACCCAGACCCAGAAGUGAGGCCCAGCUUCGCCACGCUGGUGUCUGCUGUCCUGACCAUCCUGUCUGGCCUGGAGGGGGAGCACUACAUCAACCUCAAGGUCACCUAUGUCAACCUGGACCAGCCACGCCCCUAUCCCGCCCUCACUGAGUCCGCAGACGAGUGUGAUUCCUCAGACACUGAAGACACACGCUCAGUGUCCUGAUGUCACACCAGGACAGGUACAUGUAGUAUGGUUUGGUGCUAUGAGCACAAGGACCUCAAAAAGUCUAACUAAAGGUUGUUGAUUAUCUUUUACUACCUAGUGUCGAUAGGAAGCAGUUGCAAUGCACAAAGUCUAACUAAAGGUUGUUGAUUAUCUUUUACUACCUAGUGUCGAUAGGAAGCAGUUGCAAUGCACAAAGUCUAACUAAAGGUUGUUGAUUAUAGUUUGAAACGUCAAAGUGGGAAUUUUUAGCUUGCUUAAAACCCACAUGGAAAACUGAGAUUCCGCAAAUAACAAAUAUAGAGUGGCUUAUUUAAUGCCAAGCCAACAAUAGUAGUUACUAAUAACAUAAAUUGCUAAUGUACGAUGGAAAAUCUGGAUUUUAUGAUGUAAUGUCAAUUUAUUACAUUUCUAUCCCGGGACCAUUCAAUUUUCAACUCACUCAUAGAAAAUCUCCAUAAAUCUACUGUGGAUUAACCAGAAUCCCAUGCCUUUAUCACUGACUGUAUUAGACAAUGUAAACACACUAAUCUACCAGGAGGUGGCGUAAUACCCAUUUUUUUCAGGAAUGUAACAAUUGAAUUGCACCUUUACACAUGCACAAUGUGUUUUAGAUAGAGUGUAAUAAAUUGACAUAUUUAUUCUAGAUUCUUCAUCUGUCAUUUAAGUAGUAUUUAUUUUUUAACAUGAGCUUCUUCCCAUGUGGUGGCUUCAUCCAUUGUUACUGUACACUUACAAUAACAGAUACAAAUGAGACUUGUGUAAACCCUCACUGGCAAACCCCCAUGAGUUGUCCAUCAGGACUGUCAUUGAGCAAGACUUCCACUAGAGGCCAGUGUUUUACUAGAACACUGGAGAACUAUGGUGAAAACACAGCACUUUAAUAUGUAAAUCACAUUUUCUGAACACCAUAAAGUAAAAUGGAGACAUCUCAUUGAAAAACAUGUAUUGGUGUACUUUCCAUAUGCAUAACAUCCUUUCUUUACUCUCAAAUUGCAUAUGUAUCUAUCUUUAAGACUGCACACAGUGGUCAGUAGCUCAUGAGUUGUUUUUGUAAUGAAUAAAUUGGAAGAACAACCAUAAAACACUCAUCCAAAGACGAGCUGACUUUCUAUGGAAAAUAGCAGCAAAGUUGAAAAAGAAGUCACAAUAAUCCGGCUUCUUGCACACAAAAAUAAUAAAAGACAAAUAAAACCAGAGGGAAAUAAACAUAAAGUUUUUCUUUAUUUCCAAGCUACCAAAGAACAAAAGUGAAUUCCCAGAUGGCGGAGACUUUGAUUCGUUCUGAGAGAAACGCACAUCGUCAAAGAAUGUGUCUGGGUACCGGGAGGGCAGAACCCUGGGUUUUACAGAAGGAGGGGAUGAAGAGCCUGCUCUUUCUCUCACCGCACUGCCUGCCUGCCUGUGUGCGUGCAAAGAGUUACAGUCAGCGUCAGAAUGGGUAAUAUUAAUAAAUGGGUCUUAAAUACAUCUAAAACCAAAAGCAUUGUAUUUGAUUCAAAGCAUUCUCUUAGACUUAAACCUCAACUUGAGUUGUGCGUAAAGGGUGUAACCAUUGAACAUCGGAUCCUAGGAGUGACAUUGGAUGGUCAGUUAUCAUGGUCAAGUCAUAUGGCCAACGUUGUAGUGAAGAUGGGGAGAGGUAUGUCUGUUAUGAAAAAGACGUUCUGUGUUUUUGACACAAAGAUCAACUUUGAUUCAGGCUUUGAUCUGGUCCAAUCUCAAUUACUGUCCAGUAAUAUGGUCAGGUGCUGCAAAGAAAGACCUAGCAAAGUUGCAGCUGGCUCAAAACAAAACAGCACGCCUUGCCCUUAACUGCACACACAGAACUAACAUCAACAGCAUGCAUAAUAGUCUUUCAUGGUUGAGGAGAAAUGUACUUAUCUUAUAGUCUUUGUAGCCUGUUCCUGCAGUCAAUGGCCUCAUGGGUGGAAUGUUAUUCAUAUUUUUCAUAGUUUCAUAAUUAAUACGGAUUAUCCCCCCCCAAAAAAUAUUGUGUUGAUGUCAAAUGGUUUUGUUAUAUUUCUCUUCUUCUGUGAUGUAUAUCAAGUGUAAUAAUACUCUGUCGUAGUACAGGUGUCUUCUUUUUGUUAAGCCCAUUACCAUGUGUGUGAGGUGCAUACUUUUGUUUCAAAGUAGAUUUGUUAAAUCACUCUGUGUGACCCUGAUUUAGCCCACUACAGUAAAAGGUUAAGAAACAUUUGAGUGUUGAAAAUGCCUAACUACUUGUAUAAUCCAAUUGCAUACACUUCAAACAGACAUACAUACCCCACCAGACAUGCCACUAUGGGUUUCUUCAUGGUACCCAAACCAAAAACAGAUUUAAUGCAUCACUCAGUUAUCUAUAGCGCCAUGUCAUCGUCGAAUGUUAUGCCACCAGAGGUUACUCAGGAAAAAAGCAAGUUUAGCUUUAAAAAACAGAUAAAAUCAUCUUGUGUCACAGCGCCUCUCCUCUUUCUAAAUACCUAAUUUAACUGUACUGUAUACAGUGCAUUUGGAAAGUAUUCAGACCCCUUGUCUUUUUCCACAUUUUGUUACGUUACAGCCUUAUUCUAAAAUUGAUUAAAUAGUUUUUGUUCCUCAGCAAUCUACACAAUACCCCAUAAUGACAAUGUGAAAACAGGUUUUUGGAAAUGUUUGCAAAUGUAUUACAAAUAAAAGACAGAAAUAGCUUAAUUACAUAGCUAUUCAGACCCUUUGCUAUGAGACUCGAAAUAAAUUGAGCACAGGUGCAUCCUGUUUCCAUUGAUCAUCCUUAAGAUGUUUCUACAACUUCAUUAGAGUCCACCUGUGGUAAAUUCAAUUGAUUGGACAUGAUUUGGAAAGGCACACACCUGUCUAUAUAAGGUCCAACAGUUGACAGUGCAUGUCAACAAAAGAAACAAGCCAGGAGGUUGAAGGAAUUGUCUGUAGUAUUGAGGCACAGAUCUGGGGAAGGGUACCAAAACGUUUCUGUCGCAUUGAAGGUCCGCAUGUACACAGUGGCCUCAAUCAUUCUUAAAUGGAAAACGUUUGGAUCCACCAAGACCCUUCCUAGACCUGGACAGCUGGCCAAAUUGAGAAAUUGGUGCAGAAGGGCCUUGGUCAGGGAGGUGACCAAGAACCCGAUGGUCACUCUGACAGAGCUCCAGAGUUCCUCUGUGGAGAUGGGAGAACCUUCCAGAAGGACAACCAUCUUUGCAGCACUCCACCGAUCAGGCCUUAGUAGUGGCCAUACGAAAGCCAAUCCUCAGUAAAAGGCACAUGACAGCCCGCUUGGAGUUUGCCAAAAGACACCUAAAGACUCUCAGACCAUGGUUCUCUGGUCUGAUGAAACCAAGAUUGAAUUAUUUGGCCAGAAUGCCAAGCAUCAGAAUGCUUCAUCCCUACGGUGCAGCAUGGUGGUGACGGCAUCAAUCUGUGGGGAUGUUUCAAAGCGGCAGUGACUGGGAGACUAUUCCAAAUACAGGUGUGUCAAGCUUGUAGCGUCAUACCCAAGGAGACUCGAGGCUGUAAUCUCUGCCAAAGGUCGUUCAACAAAGUACUGAGUAAAGGGUCUGAAUACUUUUGUAAAUGUGAUAUUUAAUUUUUAAAUUUUUAAUAAACUAGCAACAAUUUCAACAAAAAAAAGUUUGCUUUGUCAUUAUGGCUUAUUGUGUAGAUUGAUGAGGGAAAAAAAACAAUUUAAUACAUUUUAGAAUAAGGCUGUAACGUAACAAAGUGGAGUCUGAAUACUUUCUGAAGGCACUGUGUAAGAACAUUAAUAUGUAUACAUGAAUAGUGUGUAACAAGUAUUUUGGAUGUCUCUUGGUGUCUUUACACUAUAUAACUGUCUAUUGUUAAUUUUUAAUUUAAUGUAAUAUCUUGUGGUGUUCUUGCCUAUAACUGUUCUGUACUUUGUCAUGUAUUUGUACAUUUUAUGUGGACCCAAGGAAGAGUAGCUGCUGCAUGUGCAGUAGCUAAUGUGGAUCCUAAUAAACUAAACUAAACAUGCUGCAAUCCAGUUGAAUUGGACCGAUUUACAAGUUUUCACUCUGAAAAAUGUUGUUAAUUUAAUCUGAUUGUUAUAUGGUUCCAUGACUUUGUCCACACAGGGCAUCUGAACACACAAAAUACAUGAUUAUGAUUUU